AUGGUCGGGCUUGCAACAGUUCCAUUAUUGACGCUAACAUUGCUUGCACUAUGCGGCGAGUCGGAGGCUUCAGUUGUGGUUUCAUCUGGCAGCCAGGAAUGUGAGGGAUACUGGGACUCCUCCAGGAGGUACCACUGCACAUUACACAAUACAGGUGGCGAAGGCCAGAGGAGGGUGCGUCUACCACCAACUCCAGCGGCCCCAGCUCGUGACAAAAAAACGUCAGGUGGGACCGGUGUCGACACCCAAGGGCAAGAAGCACGGAAGGAUACAGUAUUGAGUUCAACCAGUGAUGGUCGAACUAGUCAACCGCCUCCGGCCAAUAAAGAAACAUUUCCUGCAGUAAACGGGAAAUCAAGUGACAGUGUAGGCGGCGGCGUGAGCAAAGAUGAAGUUGUGCAGAGAUCUGAAAGCUUCAAAGUCUCGGCGCCGGCGACAUCCCCAGCACGUGACUACAGCAAACCGAAAGUGGAUCGAGCAAGGCAAGAAUUGGGAGACGGGGAAGGUUACGGCAGAGAAAGUGUAAAAGGAAAUGCGAUCGUAGGGAAGCAGGUAGCAGGGCCAGAUGGCGGAAAUGUGGUGCGACCACCUCCACAGGAUGUAGUUUCGUGGCCUGAGCAAAAAAAUACACAGGAAGCGGAAACUAUGGGGAUACAAUCGAUCCAAAACGGAAAAGAUAUUUCAGAUCGAAUAACACAGCAUGACAACAGCCAUGUGAUGCGGCCGCCGACUCGGGGGGUGGUUUCGGUGGCUGAGGAAAACGCACAAGAAAUAAUACGAGAAGACAUAGAUGGCGAGGCCGCCGGAGAAAACAGCUCACGAAAGGAGAAAGGUGCAGCGCACAAAGGGCACGUGAUGCUGCUUUCCGCAGUAUUGGGUCUCACGUGCUCCUGA